AUGCCCGAAACAGAGGUCUUGAUCGCAGGAGCAGGGCCAAGUGGCCUUGUUCUUGCUCUUUGGCUUCAUGUUCAGGGUGUCAAAAUCCGCAUUAUCGACCAGGCAGAGGGCCCCGCGCCCAACUCGCGAGCGCUCGCUGUGCAUGCCCGGAUUCUGGAGCUAUACCGCCAACUCGAUCUAGCCGAUGAACUGAUAGAAUGUGGAUAUCAGUUACCUGCUACCAAUGUAUGGGUCAACGGUUCUCACAGGGCUCAUAUAAAUUUGCGACAAUUUGGCACGGAGUUGACACCCUAUCCUUACCUGCUUACUUUUCCACAAGACGAGCAUGAACACGUACUUGAGAAGCGACUGAACUCAUUUGGUAUAUUCGUCGAGAGGAAAAAGAAACUUCAAAAGUUCGUGGAUAAUGGCUCCAGUAUCACGGCAACUCUAGAAUCUGCCAAUGGAGACGAGUCUACCUGCGAAGCUGCCUAUAUUGUUGGAUGUGACGGCGCUCACUCGGUGGUUCGACAUGGCAUCGAGGCAAAAUACGAAGGUGACACUUACGUGCCGCUCUUCUAUAUUGCAGAUAUUGUGGCCGAAAAGUACUCGAGCCCUCUUUUUAACGGCGAAGCUCAUUUGACCUUUGUCGACGAGACUUUCAAUUUGAUUCUACCCUACGUCGAAGAACGCCAUGUUCGAUUGAUAGGAACGACAAUUCCCAAGACCGCUGGGAAUCAACAGACCGAUACCUCGGAGCCUCACCACGAAGUUACAUUCGAAGAUGUGCUUCCGGAAAUAAAGAAAACGACGAAAAUCGAAAUACAAAAGGUCAACUGGUUCUCCACCUAUCGCAGCCAUCACCGCGUGGCAGAGAAGUUCCGCAGCAACAGGGCUUUCCUUGUCGGAGACGCUGCUCAUAUCCACAGUCCAGUGGGUGGCCAAGGCAUGAACACUGGCAUCAUGGAUGCUAUAAACUUGGCAUGGAAACUCGCGACAGCGAUAAAACAGCCCUCAAUGACAGAAGAAGCAAAGAAUGCCCUUCUGGAUACCUAUGAGCCUGAGCGUCGGUCAUUCGCGCUAGAUGUGGUCGGGGCAACAGACCACGGCUUCACAAUUCUCACCAGUCCGGGAUUUUUCCCCCAUAUUUUGCGCGCUUGGGUCAUUCCCUAUCUUAUCCCAAUCGUGACCCGAUUUCAGGCUGUCCGCAGUCAGAUUUUCCGACGUGGAUCCCAGCUUGUCUGCUCCUACAGAGGUAACAACAUGCUCAAUCAAACAACGCAAGGCUCGGAAACGGUACAGCCUGGCGAUCGUUUGCCAUGGGUAACUACUGAGCAAAGCGAUAAUUUUUCGACACUUCACGAUAUCUGCUGGCAGAUCCACGUGUAUGGCGAUUCUCGGACUGAGCUGGAGGAAUGGUGCAAAACGAAGCACAUUCAGUUAAAUAUCUUUGAGUGGAACGACAAGCAUGGCAAUAAUGGAUUCAAGAAAGGUGCUGCAUAUUUGCUGCGACCGGAUCAAUACAUUGCUGGGAUAUUCGAAGGCAAUGAUCUUGGGUCCCAGUUGGAUGAGUAUUUCUCAACGAGAGGGUUGCUGUGCUAG